GCCCAAGAGAGGAACGCCCGUGAGAGCCAGCAACGACCAUCCGUUCAGCAUGAUGGUUCCGGUUGGCGGUAGGUAUUCGAGCCGGAUACUUCUCUCCUGUCGUGGAAGGAUAAGAAUGAAUCUUGCCCUUGCCGGUCGUCAUAAAUAAGAUUGACAACCUUCGGUAUGGGGAGCGAGCCUCGUCCCUUCGGCACCGAUUCGCUCGCCGAAAGGACACCCGCGAUCGGUAUAAGACACUGACGACGAGCACACCUGGACUCUCAAAACCGCAAGAACCAAGCACCGACAGCAAUAUACUGUCCGCAAUGAGCCAAGUGGGAGUGGAAGCAGUGGCCGUCAUCACCGGGAGCUUUCUUUCCGGUAUUCCCUCCUGUCAUCCUCCCUCAGUAUCCGGAGCUAACGCCAACCAGGAGCCAUGAUGAGUGUCUUUCUGCUGACCAUUCCGUCGGUAUUGGAGACGACCACAGACCCAGGGCAGUUACUACGCCAUUGGGCCCGAGUUUUCCUCAACGGGCACGUCAAAGGUCCAAUUAUCUGUAUUACCACCACCUUUCUCUACGGUCUCGCCGCCUUCACCAAAUAUUCGGCCGGUGAGCCAUGGCGCGUGUUCGCCGCGGCCGGUAUUGUCACCAUCAGCAUGGUUCCUUUCACACUCGUGGUGAUCGAUCCGGUCAACACUGCCCUCUUCCGAAUGGAGUCCGAGGCCAAGAAGGGGACAGUUGCUCCCUGGGCUGUUGUUGAGCCGCUGGUCCAAAAGUGGAACCGAUUGAACCUGACGCGCGCCUUUUGCCCGCUAGCUGGAGCAGUGCUUGGAUUGCUUGGGACUCUCAAACUCGUUAGUUUCUAAUCGGAGCACGUUUAUGAUUCUCCCAAAUCCGGAAUCAAUGGUGGAUAUAGAUCAAGAGGAACGAGGAACGAGGAUUGAUCCACAGGCGGUUGUGAAGAGUUGAAUCUAGGUUGUGUGGAGGUACAAUUCCGGUGCUUUAGUUCUUACAUACAAAUUCAUGGCUUGAGGGAUUGCUCACUAUCCUCCUCUGUCCCCUCUUUUAUUCUGUGUAAGAACCAAAGGCCAGCUCUAUUUCCAUCUGGAGUCAUGAUCCAAGCGUCUACAGAGCGAGAUACCCAUCCGUAAUGCAGUCGUGACUCCUCGUUCCUCCAUCCAUGCUGUAAGAUUAGGGCAUAAUCCCGGAUCCCCGGUUCGCUGUCCGAGGAGAAAAGCAUUUCAAAUUGGUAUAUUUCAAGGCCUCGCGCCGCAUGCCAAACAGGAACCCACGACUUCCAGCAAAUAUGGCUCUACCAACGCUGCCGGUGC